GGCUGUGGCAAGGUGGAUGGUGGGGCAAACAGUGCUAAGGGUUGCUUACUGGCAGCUCUUACAACUAAAUGUCUAAAAUGCAGGCCGUCCUCUACUUAGGACCACAAGUGAGCCCACCAUUUAUGUUGUUAAGUGAGAACGUUGUUAAGUGAGUUUUGCCCCAUUUUACGACUUUUCUUGUCACAUUAGUUAAGUGGAUCGCUGCGGUUGUUAAGUUAGUAACACGGUUGUUAAGUGAAUCCAGUGUUCACAUUGACUUCGCUUGUCAGAAGGUUGCAAAAGGGAAUCACAGGACCCCCGGGACUCUGCAGCUAUCAUAAAUAUGAACCAAUUGUCAAGCAUUCAAAUGUAAAUCACAUGACCAUGGGGAUGCUGCAACGGUCAUGUCACUUUUUUUCCGUGCCAUUGUUACUUUUAAUGGUCACUAAAUGAACUGUUGUAAGUCAAGGACUGGCUGUAACUAGUGAAGUCGGAAAGUCAAGAUAGAUGUUAGUUGGCAAGGAAAGUGGCAUGAGCCACUCUUCCAAAAUUACCUCCAAAUGAACAGAACUGAAUAGGUGCCUCACCCUCUGUCAGUGAACAGGCAUAACAGCCCUGAUGUGCUCAUGAAUAUUUGGUGAUAUACUUUACUGACAUAAGACAUGAACCUACAGAAGUUCUGAUUAAACAUUACUGUUUGUGCUCCAUUCAUAUUUUCCUAUUUCAGUUUUUCACGGAAGGAGGGACAUAUCUCCCUUCUUUUAGGAACUCUCAAAACAACAUGAACCUUAGAGAUUUCUUGCCAUUCUGAGAUGGGAAACAUUCAGAGAUUGUAAGGAAGAUCCUAAAACAGGCUUAUCAUAUUCUUUAUUUAUAAAAUAGAUAAGAUUAUAAACAGCCUUACUCCAUAAACUCUAGACGGUGUACAAAAUAAAUUAGAAUUAGAACAGCAAUAUUAUUAAUAAAAUAAAUGAAAUAAUAAACAGUAACAGAAUUGUAUUUCCAUUUUGGUGCAGUUCUUUCUGUAGGUGCUUAAUCUUCAAAGAAAUGUUCCAUUAUCAUUAAUCUCCCUGUUGCAUUCAUAUUUGACACACAACAAAUUUUAAAGACAAUCUUAUCUAUCAAAUGAUUGUCUUUUCUAUAUUGGUAAACUUUUAGGACAGUAAUAAACAUAUAUUAUCUCCAAAAACAACCUGUAAACUGAUAACACACAAAUAUCCCAAGAAAUUUAAAUGUAAUAUAUAUUCACUUGUUUUCAUUUAAAUUUCCAAUUUAGUUUGAAUUUUAGUUUUGGUUGCCAUAGGUGAAAGAUGGGAAAUAAAAGUUAAGAGUAAAAUAGGCUAAUCUAGGAUUUUCAUGUGUCUUUUAAUCUUAUGGCCGAAAGAAAAAAUUCUAUUUUACACAACAUUGUUCAGAAAAAGCUCACUUCAUAAGUGUUGGAGAGGGGAAUGGCAAAUAAAACCACAACUUAUAUACUUGGGUCAAAUAUCAUGGUGCAGUUAUAUAAUUAUUAUUUGAUACCAUGACACUUGUCAUUGUUACAUUAUUAUAUCAUCUGACUUGUUAUGGAUGCUGAGUCAUCUGUUCAGUUUUUGUUUAUUCCGUGGUUUUUAAAGACAAGAAAUUCAUAUAUUAUUAGUACAAAAGGGCUUGAAACUGUAUUUUAAAAAACAGUUUAAGUACCUUUCAGUGAUGAGACAUAUUUGGUUCAAUCCUUGCUGCAUUUGUUAGGAAGUAAGCUUCAUUGAGUUAGAAUUUGAGUGAGACGUUUUCCCAAGAUAUUAAAUUUAGGAUUGCAAUUUGAUUUUUUUUUUAAAAAAUAUUCAACUUUAGGUACUCAUACGUAAGUGUAUGUUUAUGGACAAAUAGAGGAUAAAAAGAAUUGAAUUAAUAAAUUUAAAAUUGCAGUUAGGUUUUAGUGCAUCUGUUUUUAUUUUUGUUUUAGAAUGUUUGCAUUUUGAAUUUACUAAAAAUCCAGUAUGUAUAAAGCUAGUGACAAAAUUUUUACAUUCCAUCUUCCACAUUAAGAAAAAGCUGGUUACAUGCUUAUCCUUCUGUUUGUCCAGUAGCAAGUCUGGAUCUAAAUCUUGCAACCAAACAAGACAUUUAACUACCGAAUGCAGAAGAUUAGGAAUUAUGGAUAUGAAAUUCAAUUCUUCUCGGAAAUAUGUUUCUAUCAGCAUACCAUCAAAAUCCCAAGCUAUGUCACCACACAUCAAAUCAGUAGAUGAUAUUAUUGUCCUCGGAAUUAAUCUCAGCAAAUUUAACAAACCUACGCAGUUUUUUAUUUGUGUUUUGGGAGUCUUCCUGUUUUAUCUUAUUUAUGGAUAUCUUCAGGAGCUGAUAUUUUCAGUAGAAGGCUUUAAAUCCUUUGGCUGGUAUCUUACAUUAGUACAGUUUGGGUUUUAUUCCAUUUUUGGACUUAUAGAAUUACAGCUUAUUCAAGACAAGAGGAGAAGGAUCCCAGGCAAAACCUACAUGAUAAUAGCUUUUCUAACAGUGGGGACUAUGGGUUUAUCAAAUACCUCCUUAGGAUAUCUGAAUUAUCCUACACAAGUAAUCUUCAAGUGCUGUAAACUGAUCCCAGUUAUGAUAGGAGGAGUCUUUAUACAAGGGAAACGUUACAAUCUUGUAGAUGUUUCUGCUGCAGUAUGUAUGAGCUUGGGCUUAAUAUGGUUUACUCUAGCCGAUAGCACAGUUGCACCAAAUUUCAACUUGACAGGAGUGGUCCUUAUAUCCCUUGCCCUGUGUGCAGAUGCAGUUAUAGGAAACGUGCAGGAAAAAGCAAUGAAGUUGCACAGCGGCUCAAAUUCUGAAAUGGUUUUGUAUUCCUAUUCAAUAGGUUUCGUGUACAUUUUAUUGGGACUGACAUGCACUGCUGGCCUAACUCCUGCAGUAACAUUUUGUUCAAAGCGCCCAGUUCAAACAUACGGCUAUGCAUUCUUAUUCUCCUUGACUGGCUAUUUUGGAAUCUCUUUUGUCCUGGCUUUGAUUAAAAUCUUCGGGGCUCUUUUAGCUGUAACAGUUACAACUGGAAGAAAAGCAAUGACAAUUGUCCUUUCUUUUUUGUUUUUUGCAAAGCCAUUCACAUUCCAAUACGUGUGGUCAGGUUUAUUAGUUAUCCUUGGCAUAUUUCUCAAUGUUUACAGCAAGAAUAUGGAUAAAAUCAGAUUGCCUUCACUGCGCCGUCUCUGGGAUAAAUCUCUGGAAGAUAGAAAGACAAGGACGUUAUCCCAAACAGUAUAGAAACUGGCUUGUGCCAUGUGUUGGCACUAGACUGUUUGCUUCUGUUCUUUCCUUGCAAUAGUCUGCAGCCAAAUCAUUUUCCAAAGGGAAGGAUGUUAAAAAAACCAAAGGCAUUGAAGGCGCUUUUGUCUACUAGCAGAGGACUGACGUCAGCGUGUCUGCAAAACUUUAUUUAAGCACUUGGAUUCCCUUCUUGGAAGGGAUUGGUUGAAUGAUGU